AUGAAUUGGCGUGCAGUAUUAUGGUCACGCCUCACUUUGGGUGUUUUAUCAGUUAUAUUCUUACUACUUUAUGCUGCUCAGUACAAAAAAUAUCGCUCAAAUUAUGAUUAUUUGUCUGACAAAUGUUCAAAAUUAAUGGUACAUUCGGGUGGUUUGAGUGCACAGUUACAGUUGUUAAUGGAGCGAAACCAUCGGACAGAAAAAUUAUUGGCUGAUUUACGUGCUAAAUAUAAUCAAGUUGUGAUAGGAAACAGUGAGAAACGACAAAAUAUUCAAGUACAAUGGUUAACUUGUAAGGAAACAUUGAAAAAAUGUUUGGCUGGAGUGGCAGUGAGUGAAAAACAGCUGAAUGGUACAAGUGAUAUCAAUUUUCAAGGCCAUUUCCUUCAAUGUCAGACAGAGAUACAAGAACUCAAGAAACAAGUUGAACAACUUAAAGGAGAAGCAAAGAAUAUUUCGAUUAUAAAAAGUGAAUGUGAGAAGCUGCUAAUCAAUUCGCAGGUGAGAUUAAUGGAAAAUUUUAACUGA